AUGGCGCUGUACCUGUCCAUUCCAGGGGGCACCCAGGCCUUUAAACCCCUCAUCUCAGGAGGGGGCUCGGUCACACACCGUGACAUCACACAGAGGGCUGUAUUACGCAAAACCGCCGAGGUCUGCCGCGCCCUGGCUGCCGCCCAGGGGCGGGACUUCAGCCUGCCGAUUGAUGACAGUCUCUCCAUCAUCAAACUACAGAAGGCCUGCUCUGCAGACUUCUCCUCUUCCUCCCUCGUCUCCACCAUCCUCUUCCAGAGCGCCAUUGUCAAGAUGUACCUUAGCAACGCCCUGGUGGACAUGGCGUUUGCUCUGAGCAAAGCGCACCACUUCGACGGUGAGACCUUCCAGGGGGGGCGGGCCCUGAUCACGGCGGGGGUGUCGGAGGUCAAGGCCAGCGUCAAACGAGGGAGAUUCCUAUUGGCCAGGCUGGCGCUGGGACGAGUCUGUCACACACUACAGGACUUCUACAGUCACAGCCCCAGUACUCCAACCUGUAGGAACUGUAUGGGAGGUAACUGUACUGAUAACAUCCUACCAGAGGUCUUACAGCAGGGCCUGCUCACCUCUGGAUACUUCAACCUGUUCUCCUCCAACAAACCUGCAGGUAAGUGUAGCCACGGCGGGUUGUUUGACCGGACCAGUGGUCGGGACCCGGAAGGGGGCAUCAACAAGGACGACGUGGGGUCCAGUCACGGUCACCUCCACCACACUGCAGCAGACGUGGCCGUCAACGCUACCAUGGAACUAUUGGAGGACAUCAGAGGAGCUGCCGGGGACAAGGACUUCCUACGGUUAAUGGACAUCACCCAGUCAUCAGUGUUGUGUUUUGUCAUCGACACCACAGGCAGUAUGAGUGAUGACAUCACUGAGGCUAAGAGAGUGUCCUUCUCCAUCAUCGACAGUAAGAGAGGAACCCAGCAGGAACCUUCAUCAUACAUCCUGGUCCCCUUCAACGACCCAGGAUUUGGACCUCUGAUCACCACAACAAAUGCAGACAUUUUCAAACAGAGAAUCAACGCCCUGACAGCAUCAGGAGGAGGAGAUAUACCAGAGCUGUGCCUGUCAGGACUACAGCUGGCCCUCACGGCGGCGCCACCCUCCUCUGAGAUCUUUGUGUUCACUGAUGCUCCUGCUAAAGACACUGCACUGAAGAGCACUGUCACUGCCCUCAUAGAGAGCACCAAGUCUGUGGUGACCUUCAUGUUGACUGACAAUCUCCGAUCCAGUCGACGUCGUCGUAGGUGUUCCGUGGGCGGGGCUUCAGCCGUAUGGCCCAGUCAGGGUGGAGCCUCCAACCGGAUGGCCCAAUCAGACGCUCAGCUGUACCGUGACCUUGCCCAGGCCUCUGGAGGUCAGGCCAUUGAGGUCACCAAGGAGGAUCUGCACCGGGCCACCAGUGUCAUCGAGGACGCCUCCUCUGCAGCACAGAGUAACAGUGAAGCCAGCGGUCCUCUGGGGACCAUCCAGACUGUAGGGAACCUACACCGCGUCUCUCUGACCACACACAACAACACAGGAUUAUGGGAAAUCAGUCUUAACUCCGUAGAGUCCUACUCACUGAAGGUCAUAGGUCAGAGCUCUGUUAAUUUUGGCUACCAUUUCGUGGAGGCUUUCGGGGGCGCUCAUGGAGACUUUGGCCUCAAAGAGGGCCGUCCUCUCACAGGCGAUAACAUAACCCUGCUGGUGUCUGUGACGGGGGGUGACGCUGUCACUGUGACGGCGGUGGCCCUGGUCGAGGCCUCGGGGUCAGGGUCAGAAGUCAACGGAACCCUGCAAUCGCUAGGCGGCACCGGCGGCGGGGACUUCCUGGUUACCGUGGCCAGAGUCCCACAGGGGGAGUUUGUGGUGCGUCUGAGGGGAGAGAGCAAUAGCGCCACCACCAAAUCAUCACCCAGCCUCUUCCAGAGACAGGCCUCCACUCAGAUAAAGACUUCCAGCAUCUCUGUUACGGCCCAGGCUGACAGUACUCUAGAACCCGGUUCUACCAUCUCUGUCCCCUUCAGCGUGGCAAUGGCCAACGGAACAGGAGGAACUUUUACCGUCCGAGCCACGAACGACCGCGGCUUCACCUCCUCCUUCCCCGCCAGUGUGUCCGUUGUGACCGGAGGCGGAGCGGCCAACGGUACGGUGACUCUCACGGCGCCCGACAGCACCCCAUCGGGAACGGACGUCACCCUGACCAUCGAGGCAGAGUCCGCUGGAGCAGCAGACUUGAACUACGCCAUUCUGCGUCUCUCUGUUUUCAGCAAGCAAGCAAGCAAGCAAGCAAGCAAGGUAAGGGUCAUGUUCCAAAACUCUAAAAUGAACUACUCCGCCCGCGUCUCUCUGUUUUCAGCAAGCAAGCAAGCAAGCAAGGUAAGGGUCAUGUUCCAAAACUCUAAAAUGAACUACUCCGCCCGCGUCUCUCUGUUUUCAGCAAGCAAGGUAAGGGUCAUGUUCCAAAUCUCUAAAAUGAACUACUCCGCCCCGCGUCUCUCUGUUUUCAGCAAGCAAGCAAGCAAGGUAAGGGUCAUGUUCCAAAACUCUAAAAUGAACUACUCUGUCCUGCGUUUCUCUGUCAGCAAGCAAGCAAGCAAGCAAGCAAGCAAGCAAGCAAGCAAGGUGACAGAUUUCACCCCUCCCCAGUGUGGGGUGGUCAGUGUCUCGUCCAACUGCCCGGCUGACUGCAGUGCCUCUUACUGGCAGCUCUCUGCCAAGCUGACCGACGGUGCCAACGGGACUGGCAUCGACCGAGUCACCCUGCGCCAGGGCAACGGGACCCUGAACACUUCUACAGAGGUGGGCACCGGGGGCGAGAACGUGACCCGGGUCGAGUACAGCGCCACCUGCUGUUCAAAGAAGGUAGAGCUGGUGGUAGUUGACAGGGCAGGCAACGUGGGUGUGUGUCUGGGCUCAGUGAAGGACUCUGUGGGGGUGGUUGUGAGCUCUACAGCACUGGCCUCUGUCCCCAACAAUACAGCUGUACCUGUAGUUAGUACUACAUCCACCGGAGGGCCACCUUUGACUCUGUCCCUGUAUCUAAGGAUCUGUGUGAUGCUUUCUCUCCUCCUGUGGAAUAGAGUAGAGCUAUAG